GCACCGCCCCUUAACAGCUAGAGAAUUCUGGGCGCACUACGUCACUUCACAGACCGCCCUGUGCAGCCUCUUAUAAAAGGACCGUGAACUGCCCAUUCGAUCUCUUCCUCACCGGGUCUGCGACCAGUAAUCAAGGUGUCCCAUCUCUAAACAUCAAAACAAUCCACAAUGGGAAAGGAAAAGACUCACAUUAACAUCGUUGUCAUUGGACACGUAGAUUCUGGCAAAUCCACAACCACAGGCCAUCUGAUCUACAAAUGUGGUGGUAUCGACAAAAGAACCAUUGAAAAGUUUGAGAAGGAAGCUGCUGAGAUGGGAAAAGGCUCCUUCAAGUACGCUUGGGUCUUGGACAAACUGAAGGCUGAGCGUGAACGUGGUAUUACCAUUGAUAUCUCCCUGUGGAAAUUUGAGACCAGCAAAUACUAUGUCACAAUCAUUGAUGCUCCUGGCCACAGAGAUUUCAUCAAGAACAUGAUCACUGGUACCUCACAGGCUGACUGUGCCGUUUUAAUAGUUGCUGCUGGUGUUGGUGAAUUUGAAGCUGGUAUUUCAAAGAACGGACAAACUCGCGAGCAUGCACUACUGGCCUAUACCCUUGGUGUGAAGCAGCUGAUUGUUGGUGUUAACAAGAUGGAUUCUACUGAACCACCAUACAGUCAAAAGAGAUAUGAGGAAAUUGUCAAAGAAGUCAGCACAUACAUCAAGAAGAUUGGAUACAACCCUGACACAGUGGCCUUUGUGCCUAUUUCUGGCUGGAAUGGAGACAACAUGCUGGAGCCCAGUGCUAAUAUGCCUUGGUUCAAGGGAUGGAAGAUCUCACGUAAAGAAGGUAAUGGCAGUGGAACUACACUUCUUGAAGCUCUUGACUGCAUCCUGCCACCAUCCCGUCCUACUAACAAGCCUCUACGUCUGCCUCUGCAAGAUGUCUACAAAAUUGGUGGUAUUGGCACAGUACCAGUUGGUCGUGUGGAAACUGGUGUACUGAAACCAGGCAUGGUGGUUACUUUUGCUCCUGUCAAUGUUACAACUGAAGUAAAGUCUGUUGAAAUGCACCACGAAGCUCUUGCUGAAGCUGUACCUGGUGACAAUGUUGGCUUCAACGUAAAGAACGUUUCUGUGAAGGAUGUCCGUCGUGGUAAUGUUGCUGGUGACAGCAAAAAUGACCCACCAAUGGAAGCUGGACACUUUACAGCACAGGUCAUCAUCCUGAACCACCCAGGUCAGAUUGGUGCUGGUUAUGCUCCAGUGCUGGAUUGUCACACAGCUCACAUUGCUUGUAAAUUUGCUGAGCUGAAAGAAAAGAUUGAUCGCCGUUCUGGUAAGAAGUUGGAAGACAAUCCCAAGUUCCUGAAGUCUGGUGAUGCUGCCAUCGUUGACAUGGUCCCAGGCAAACCCAUGUGUGUUGAAAGCUUCUCAGACUAUCCUCCUCUUGGACGUUUUGCUGUGCGUGACAUGAGGCAGACUGUUGCUGUAGGUGUCAUCAAGGCUGUUGAGAAGAAAGCUGCAGGUGCUGGCAAAGUCACAAAGUCUGCUCAGAAAGCCGCAAAAACCAAAUGAAUAUUCCAAAAAUUGCCACGCACCUCCGUCUUAACUAGCGGAAGAUCAGUCUCAGAACUGUUUGUUUCAAUUGGCCAUUUAAGUUUAAUAGUAAAAGACUGGUUAAUGAUUACAAUGCAUCGUAAAAGCUUCAGAAGGAAAGGAAUAUUUGUGGACCAUUUGUUUGUGGCAGUUUAAGUUAUUAGUGUUUUAAAUCAGUAAUUUUUAAAUGGAAACAACUUGACCAAAAUCUGUCACCGAAUUUGAGACUAUUAAACAAAGUUUGAGAUCUAA